UCGUCAGUGAUAAUGAGGGUCACAGGGUACCUUUAUAAAUGAGCUUCGGAGUUCUAGUUAUCGCAGUCUCUUUAUGAGUAAAUGAACCGUCGCCGGUUCUUACACACACUUAAAAUAAAGUAAUUAAAAAAAAUAAAAUGCCGUGGACUAGCACGAACAGAAUUUACGCGAAACCAUCAAAUACAAGUUCGGGUGAAGCAGGCCCGUUAGUUGCAAUUGGCGCUAAAGCAGCGACUACGGCUGCCGCGGACACGGGCGGCCGUUUUGAACUUAGUGACCAUGGAUAUGGGAAGAGUUCGGUUAAACUCUUACACGUGCAUAGAGAUGGAGAAUACCAUGUCAUCAGAGAGUUUGAAGUGUCUACAGAAUUAAAACUUGCGUCUGAGUCCGCAUAUAUCAUAGGCGAUAACAAAGAGGUCGUAGCUACUGACUCGCAAAAGAACACCGUUUAUUUACUGGCCAAGAAACAUGGAAUUAAGACUCCCGAAGAGUUUGGUGCGGUUGUAGUGAAUCAUUUUCUGUAUACGUACAGACAAGUCGUCGAAGCAAAGUGUCACAUUAUAGAAUAUCCCUGGGAAAGACUGCAAGCGGGCAGUCCGCAUAACCAUGCAUUCGUAUUUGCCCCGACUGCAACCAGAUGGUGCGAAGUCUCACAAAUACGACACGAGGCUGUUGCUGUAAAGUCUGGCUUGAAAGGUCUUCGUGUUUUGAAGACUACGCAGUCCGCUUUCGUUGAUUUCGUACAAGAUGAGUAUACGACGUUAGCUGAUGCUCCUGAAAGAAUAUUUAGUACCAUAGUGGAAGCAGAAUGGUCAUACGACAAUAUGAAAUCAGCAGAUUUCGACAAUGCAUGGUUGACCGUGAAAGAUGCUAUUUUAGAAAAAUUCGCUGGCCCACCUGACACCGGCGUUUAUUCGCCAUCGGUACAACACACACUGUACCAAGCAGAAAAAACCGUCCUAGAAAAAGUUUCCGAGAUUAAUUGGAUUCGGAUGACAAUGCCGAACAGGCACUAUCUCAACAUUGAUGUUUCGAAGUUCCCCGCGAAUGUGACCAAGGGUGAUCCUCAUCACUACAUAUACCAGCCCAUCGACAAGCCGGCGGGACUCAUCUACGCGCAACUUCGUAGACGUCCUAAAAGCCACUUGUGACCUUGAGCGCCCUAGACUAUCGAAGUGACAGUCUGUUCCACCUAGGUCCUAAGAUAAAAAUAGAGAGAUGUCAUGCAACAUAAUAAUUCCAUGUUGCGGCAUGAAAUUCUUAAUCAGUUUACUUUAUUUUGUAUUUCUGUUUAAUAUUGUUGAUGUUGCGAAUGAUUUCCUCGAGUAAGAAAUAUGGCAUUCCCUUAUAGUAAGGGUAAUCAAAUGUAAAAUAAAUAAGUGUUGUAUCUUAUAGUGAUAUAAGGAUUUUUAAACUAUAUUCUAAACCCACAUAAAGCACAGGAUAUAGAAAAAAUAUCUAGUCAAGAUGAAAUCUGAGCGAUGUGCUUUUCAGGAGUAGAUAGAAAGAAAUGUUUGUCAAAAAACUUUCGAAAAGGCCAAAUCAUGUUUUAGUACAAUUACGAUGUUACUAUAUUAAAAAAGCAAAUAAGUAUUAUA